AACCAAAGAGUUAUCGUUCAUUCUGAUCAAAGCACGGCCAGUGAUAUCGUGCUGAACAAAAUUGUCUGCGUACAAGGGAUGAUAGUCGCUGCAGUGCCUUCUGAGCCAAUUUUGUACGUCGCGAACGUUCCACUCGUACACCGAUUUCGGUUUGUUGGUUUUUUGCUUCAAAAAAAAAAAAUUAACCUAUGGCAAAUCGGAAAUGUUUUAAUAAGUAACUUACUUUUGGCUUGUUGUUAGUGUUAUUGGCCGUUUCUUCCACCAUCUCUCUAUGGUUUUGAAUAAUAAAUAAAAAUAGAUAAAAUAUCUACAUAGAACUAAAAAGAAAACAAAUUACAAUCAGCUGAUGUUCACAAAUUUAAUGUACAGCUGUGUUAUUAGCCUGUUUACAUUGUUGCCUUCUAAACAUCUAUGUUCUAAACUCAUUAAAUAAAGACUUUUUCAAAAUAUAAAAGAGUUUUCCAUGAGUUGUUUUCAAAUAGUAAUUAUUAGAAAACUCCACCUCCAAAGUCCAAAUGAGUUUCAUAACAAACUUGCCCCAAGUCCCAGUUUAAAUUAUUGUCAAAACAACAGUGACAUUUCUAUUCUAUUUAUUUUUGUUUGAAGAAUAGCUGUUUUCUUUGAAGACACCUUUUUUAAAUUUGUGGAAAUGUCUGUGAAAAAUGGUGCAGUGCCUAACGAAGAAUCGAAAACUGCAUUUUCCGUCUUGAGUGCUCAUUUCCCCGAACCAGGAGAAAAAUUGAAAACUCUUGAAUUUUUAGAUGCAGCCGCAGGAGUUGUUUCCUUAGUUGAGAAACUAGGCAAAAUUUUUUCUCCAGUAGUUAAUGAUAUAAAUGGAAACAUAAAGAAAUUACUAGAAAGCUACAAUAAAGACCCUGAAACUAACGAAUAUUUGGAAGACAUGAUUUUGAAAGAACAAAUUGAAGGAGAUAAUAGCAGAGGCAUAGCUACAGAUGCUUUAUUAUGGCUGAGAAGAGCGCUCCACUUCAAAAGUAUAUUCUUUCAACUAAUAAUCAUGGACACAGACAGUCAAAGGUUGGUGCAAGAUUUGACUCCUUUCAUAAAGCGAGCCUACUCUGAGUCUUUGGAACGCUAUCACGGUUGGUUAGGAAGCCAACUCUUUCAUGUAAUUUCGCGAUUUAUACCCAACAGAAAAUCGCUUCUAUGUACCCUGGCACUGAAUAGGAACGAUAAAGAGGAAGAAGUUAUUCGAGAUAUGAAGCAGUAUAAUUUGAGAUUGUCCAGGUGCGUGUCGAAAUUGAGACAGUUUUAUAUGGAUCAUCACUUGGAACCCAUAUAGCUGUGAUUUCAUGGAAAAAUUAUUAGUUUUAAAAUUAGAUUGUGUGUUGUAACAACAAAUGUUUUUUAAUUUGUGUUAAAAAAUAGAUUCUAUUAUUAAAAUUGUUUGUAUUUUGAGAUUAUAUAUUGCUGGGUGAAACUUUUUACUUUGUACAUUAUCUUACAAAUAAUGGGUGCUUAUUUAUAUACAUGUUGACCAAAGAAAUAAUAUAUUUU